GAAUUGGACCGGAAAGAGAAGAAGAAGAAGAAGAAGAAGAAGAAGAGAAAGAGAAGAAAAGUUGGAUUUGUAAAAAAAGUCUCAGCUUUCUUUCCAGUUCUCUCCUUUCUCUCAGUAUUCUCUUCACUUUUUCUUUUUGAUUUUCUUCUGGGUUUUUUCUCUGAGAUCAAACAGUGUAAAACACUAACCUUGAUGUUAUUACAUCAAACCGGCGUUUUGCGGCUUCACGACAAUCGAGGAUGAGGAACGUGAACGACAGCGUCGAGACUAUAAACGCCGCUGCUUCUGCCAUCGUCUCUGCCGAGUCUCGGGUCCAACCCACCACCGUUCAGAAAAGAAGAUGGGGAGGCUGCUGGAGUUUAUACUGGUGUUUUGGAUCCCAUAAGAACAGUAAGCGAAUUGGGCAUGCUGUCCUUGUUCCGGAACCUCCGGUAACAGGAGCUUCAGUCUCCCCUGCUGAAAAUGUGACUCACUCUCCUGCCAUGGUGCUACCCUUUAUCGCCCCUCCCUCAUCUCCUGCAUCAUUUCUCCAAUCAGAUCCUCCAUCAGCUACUCAGUCACCUGCUGGUCUGCUCUCCUUUACUUCUCUUUCAGUCAAUGCUUAUUCCCCUGGUGGACCUGCAUCAAUCUUCACUAUAGGCCCUUAUGCAAAUGAAACUCAGCCAGUAACACCGCCUGUUUUCUCUGCUUUCACAACUGAACCAUCCACAGCUCCUUUCACCCCUCCUCCUGAGUCUGUUCAACAGACAACGCCUUCGUCUCCUGAAGUUCCAUUUGCUCAGCUUCUGACAUCUUCAUUGGAGCGUGCUCGAAGAAACAGUGGAAGCAAUCAGAAAUUCAUGUUAUCCCAUUAUGAAUUUCAUCAGUUUUACCCUGGAAGUCCCGGUGGCAAUCUUAUAUCACCAGGCUCAGUAGUCUCUAACUCUGGAACUUCUUCUCCUUUCCCUGAUAAGCGCCCAAUUAUUGAGUUCAGAAUGGGUGAAGCUCCUAAACUUAUAGGGUUUGAACAUUUUACUACUCGUAAAUGGGGUUCGAGGCUAGGUUCUGGAUCUUUAACACCUGUUGGCCACGGUUCAAGGCUGGGUUCAGGCACUCUGACUCCUGAUGGUAUAGGGCUCUAUUCAAGGCUGGGUUCAGGAACUUUAACUCCUGAUGGUCCGGGACCUGCCUCACGAGAUGCUUUUCCUUUGGAGAAUCAAAUCUCAGAGGUGGCUUCCCUUGCAAACUCAGAAAAUGGAUCUAAGAAUGAUGAAACAAUGGUUGAUCACAGACUCUCUUUUGAGUUGAGCGGUGAAGAGGUUGCCCGUUGUCUUGAGAACAAGUCGGUAGCAUCAGCUAGAACUACAUUAAACUGUCAACAGGACAAAGUGUUGGAAGCUGGAAGGAAUACGGAUCCAAUUUUAACAGAUAGUCCGAACCAUUAUGUGUCGCAAGGCACAGAAAAUUCUGCUAAGAUAUCCGAUAAACCUCUGGGAGCAGUGGAAGGGGAAAAUUGCCAUCAAAAGCAUCGAUCAAUUACUCUUGGGUCAAGCAAAGAAUUUAACUUUCAUAACAGAAAAGAAGAUUUCUCUGAGAAGCCUAAUGAAUGGUGGGCGAACGAAAAGGUUGCUGGGAAAGACGAUAGGCCAACGAGCAACUGGACUUUCUUUCCCAUGCUGCAAUCAGAGGUUAGCUAACAUUGGACCACUCUCUAGGUAUGAACUAUAAGUACAUUUCUGGAGUGCUAGAAACACUAGCCUACCAGAUGUAAAUCCGAAGGUUAUUUCUGUUAAUAGCCACACAGCUCGGCUGGGAUCAGGGAAAUGGAUAAAGUUCAAAACUUUAUGACCAAAAGAAGAACCCAAAGAGGAAAUAGUUCAGAGGAUCAGUAGUUGGUCAUCAGUAGAUCAUUCUUUUAAAAUUUCUAUACCUGAUGUUAUACGAAACAGAGCAUUCGCCGUAUAGGGUAUUUGUCUUGUGGGUUAUUUUUAUCUGUCUCUUUGUAAUAAUAAGAAAGUUGAUCUCGAGAAAUUCUUGGACUCUUUUUAGUUUGGAUGUGGGUUUAUCCUCCCUGCACUUCUUGUAUAGGUCUGUCACUCACUGAAAUGCUUCGUAGAUGAGAGACAGAGAUGUAUUAUCUCUAGAUAUUUCAACUGUUUAUCAAUCCAUGUCCAUGUCCAGCUCUGGCAACUGUUUAUCAAUCCAUGUCCAGCUCUUGAUGAAUCAGUGAAGAUGGGGAAAGAAGUUUGGUGUA